AUGCAUUUUCUCAUAGCCCUUUCUAUUCUUUGCUUAGGAUCCGCUAUCUCAGCCUACGAUCUUCCUGAAAACCUGAAAUUAUUAUACAAUAAACACAAGCCUGGCACUUGUUUAAACCCCUUAUCUGAGAGAUUCCCUGCAGGUACCCAGUAUUGCGGCGAUAUCCUUGGUGGAAUCUUCUUGAAAGGUGACCCCGGGAACUACGACAAUAUGGACAUCGACUGCGAUGGUGCGAACAACCACGCCGGUGCUUGUGCAAAUGACCCGACAGGUCAAGGGAUCACCGCGUUCCAAGAUACCGUGGCUCGCUACGGCAUUUCUGACUUGGACGCCAAUGUUCAUCCAUAUGUGGUGUUUGGUAACGAUGGGGACUCGCCGUCUUUUGACCCUCAGCAGCAUGAAAUGAAGCCUUUGAGCGUUAUGGCUGUCAUUUGCGAUGACAAACUUCACUAUGGGAUCUGGGGAGACAUUAACGGUGGUACCUCCACUGGCGAGGCCCCCAUCUCGCUCGCUGAGCUUUGUUUCCCUGGUAAAGGAUUUAAUGGUAACAUGGGCCACGGCGAGAAUGACGUACUGUUCAUCGGAUUCAUCGGAGACGAGGCCGUCCCAGGAAAGAAUGUCUCAUGGGCAACCAACAACCAGGCCGAGUUUUCUAGCAGUAUCAAAGCCUUGGGCGACCGACUUGUUGCUAAGCUUUGA